AUGGUUGACACUUCUGCCCGUUUGUCGGCGCUCAGAAGCCAAUUGUCUAAGAAUAACAUUGGCUACUACAUCGUUCUCACUCAGGAUGAACAUCAGAGCGAGUAUACUAGCAAUGCAGAUGACCGUCGUGAGUUUAUCUCUGGCUUCACAGGAUCAGCUGGUACAGCUGUGAUUGGUCAUUCUAAGGCUGUGCUUGCUACCGAUGGACGAUACUUUCUUCAGGCUGCUAGUCAAUUGGACUCUAACUGGGAGUUGCUUAAGCAAGGCGUCAAGGGUGUUCCCACCUGGCAAGAGUGGGUUGCUACUGAGGCCACCAAGACUGGAUCGAACAUCGCCGUCGAUCCCAAACUCAUUAGCUACUCCGAGGUUAAGAGUUUGAAGAGUCUUCUUGCCACCAAAGGCGGAAAGGCUGAACUGAUUAGUUUGGAGGAUAAUCUAAUUGAUCUUGUUUGGGCUAAUGACCGUCCUUCAAGACCCUUGACUCCGGUAAAGAUUUUGCACAGCGAGUAUACUGGCAAAUCUUUUCAAGAGAAGCUGACUCAGUUGAAAGAUGAGAUCAUUAAGAAGAAUGGUACUGCUUUUGUAUUGAGUGCUUUAGACGAUGUAGCUUGGUUGUUCAAUCUCCGUGGCGAAGACAUUCCUUAUAAUCCAGUGUUUUUUGCAUAUGCUAUUGUUACUGCUGAUGGCAAGGCCAGCCUCUAUAUCGACAGUAAUAAGGUUACUGAAAAGGUUGCCGAAUACUUGAAAUCUGGUAAUGUUAGUAUUUAUCCUUAUGAAAAGGCGUUCGAGGACGCUGCAGAGCUUGGUGCUGCUUUAUUGAGAAUCAACAAAUCUACCAGUGGUGAGAAGAAGAAGCUUAUUAUUCCCAAUGCUGCAUCAUGGGCUCUUGUUGAGGCUCUUGGUGGUCCUGACAGUGUGCAGAUGAUUGAAUCACCUGUCACUGUAGCCAAGAGUGUAAAGAACUCCACUGAGGUUGAAGGUGCUAAACUCGCCCAUAUCAAGGAUGGCGUGGCUGUUAUUCGCUAUUUGGCAUGGCUCGAAAAGGCCCUUACAGUUGAUAAGCUGGUACUCAGCGACUAUGAAGCUGCUCAAAAGUCUUUGGAGUUCCGAUCCCAAAUGGAGAAUUUCCAGGGUCUGUCUUUCGAAACCAUUUCUUCAUCUGGUCCCAAGGCAGCGGUUAUUCACUACUCACCAGCCACUGAUAGCAAAGAGAUUGUCAAACUUGACCAAAUUUACCUCCUAGAUAGUGGUGGUCAAUAUCUUGAAGGUACUACCGAUACUACCCGUACUGUACACUACGGUGAGCCCUCUGAUGAUGAGAAGCGCUCUUACACUCUUGUCCUCAAGGGUCAUAUAGCUCUUGCCAGAGCUGUCUUUCCUGAGGGGUCCAACGGUUAUAUGCUUGAUACGUUAGCCCGUCAACAUUUGUGGAAAUAUGGGCUCGACUACCGCCAUGGUACUGGCCAUGGUAUUGGUGCUUUCUUAAACGUCCACGAAGGCCCUAUGGGUAUUGGCUUUAGACCAGCUUAUCAGAAUGCCCCUCUUCAAGUUGGUAAUGUGAUUUCCAAUGAGCCUGGCUACUACGAAGAUGGCAAAUAUGGCAUCCGUAUUGAGAGUGUUGUUGUUGUGAAGGAAGUCAAAACUCCUUUUAACUUUGGUGAUACCAAAUUCUUCGGCUUUGAAACCAUUACUCAGGUUCCUCUCUGCCAAAAGCUGCUUGACCUGUCUCUUCUAGAUGUCGAGGAGAAGCAGUGGAUCAAUGAAUACCACGCCAGUGUUUAUAAGACUGUCCGUCCUUACUUCUCAGAAGAAGACCCCGCUCUCGAAUGGCUUCGUCGUGAGACCUUGCCUAUUUUUUAA